CUCCCGCCCCGCUUCCGUCCCCAAGCACCACUGCCCCGAGGCCCAGCAGCAUCCCUGCACCCGCCGAGGCCGAGGCCUGGAGCCCCCGGAAGUUGCCAUCCUCAGCCUCCACCCUCCUCUCCCCAGCUUUUCCAGGCUCCCAGACCCAUUCAGGGCCUGAGCUCGGCCUGGUCCCAAGCCCUGCUUCCCUGCGGCCUCCACCGCCAUCUCCAGCCCCUUCCUCUACCAAGCCAGGCCCAGAGAGCUCGGUGUCCCUCCUGCAGGGAGCCCACCCCUCUCCAUUUUGCUGGCCCCUCUGUGAGAUUUCCCAGGGCACCCACAACUUCUCAGAGGAGCUCAAGAUCGGGGAGGGUGGCUUUGGGUGCGUGUACCGGGCAGUGAUGAGGAACACCGUGUAUGCUGUGAAGAGGCUGAAGGAGGACGCUGACCUGGAGUGGACUGCAGUGAAGCAGAGCUUCCUGACCGAGGUGGAGCAGCUGUCCAGGUUUCGUCACCCAAACAUUGUGGACUUUGCUGGCUACUGUGCUCAGAACGGCUUCUACUGCCUCGUGUACGGCUUCCUGCCCAACGGCUCCCUGGAGGACCGGCUCCACUGCCAGACCCAGGCCUGCCCACCUCUCUCCUGGCCUCAGCGACUGGACAUCCUUCUGGGUACAGCCCGGGCAAUUCAGUUUCUACAUCAGGACAGCCCCAGCCUCAUCCAUGGAGACAUCAAGAGUUCCAAUGUCCUUCUGGAUGAGAGGCUGACACCCAAGCUGGGAGACUUUGGCCUGGCCCGGUUCAGCCGCUUUGCCGGGUCCAGCCCCAGCCAGAGCAGCACGGUGGCCCGGACGCGGACAGUGCGGGGCACUCUGGCCUACCUGCCCGAGGAGUACAUCAAGACAGGAAGGCUGGCUGUGGACACGGACACCUUCAGCUUUGGGGUGGUGGUGCUCGAGACCCUGGCUGCUCAGAGGGCUGUGAAGACGCACGGUGCCAGGAUCAAGUAUCUGAAAGACCUGGUGGAAGAGGAGGCUGAGGAGGCUGGAGUGGCUUUGAGAAGCACCCAGAGCACACUGCAAGCAGGUCUGGCUGCAGAUUCCUGGGCUGCUCCCAUCGCUAUGCAGAUCUGCAAGAAGCACCUGGACCCCAGGCCCGGGCCCUGCCCACCUGAGCUGGGCCUGGGCCUGGGCCGGCUGGCCUGCUGCUGCCUGCACCGCCGGGCCAAAAGGAGGCCUCCUAUGACCCAGGUGUACGAGAGGCUAGAGAAGCUGCAGGCAGUAGUGGCGGGGGUGCCUGGGCAUUUGGAGGCCGCCAGCUGCAUCCCCCCUUCCCCACAGGAGAAUUCCUAUGUGUCCAGCACUGGUGGUGCCCACAGUGGGGCUGCCCCAUGGCAGCCCCUGGCAGCACCAUCAGGAGCCAGUGCGCAGGCAGCGGAGCAGCUCCAGAGAGGCCUCAACCAGCCUGUGGAGAGUGACGAGAGCUUAGGUGGCCUCUCUGCUGCCCUGCGCUCAUGGCACUUGACUCCGAGCUGCCCUCUGGGCCCAGCACCCCUCGGGGAGGCCAGCUGUCCUCAGGGGGACACCGCAGGAGAAUCGAGCUGGGGGAGUGGCCCAGGGUUCCGGCCCACAGCUGUGGAAGGACUGGUCCUGGGCAGCUCUGCAUCGUCAUCAUCAGAGCCACCGCAGAUUAUCAUCAACCCUGCCCGACAGAAGAUGGUCCAGAAGCUGGCCCUGUACGAGGAUGGGGCCCUGGACAGCCUGCAGCUGCUGUCGUCCAGCUCCCUUCCAGGCUUGGGCCUGGAACAGGACAGGCAGGGGCCCGAAGAAAGUGAUGAAUUUCAGAGCUGAUUUGUUCACCUGGGCAGAUCCCCCAAAUCCGGAAGUCAAAGUUCUCAUGGUCAGAAGUUCUCAUGGUGCACGAGUCCUCAGCAUUCUGCAGGCAGUGGGGGCGGGGGCCUAUACCCGCGGGGGAGAGAAGGCGGUGGCCCUGCUGUUCUAGGCUCUGUGGGCACAGGCAGGCCUAACAGUGCUUCUGUGUUCAGCCGGGAGUCACACUACAUGCCCCCAUGAAGCUGGGCAUUGGUGAAGUCCAGGUUGUCCUUGAGUAAUAAAAACAUAUGUUGCAA